AAGAUUGAAGGGUGAGGGGGGACCACUUAAUGUCUGUGUUCUCUGGAUUUUGUGGGUGUUUAGACAAAAAAUGUUGUAAAUCUUUAAUUUCAAUAAUUAGGUAAUAUUAGUAUAAACAUUUAGUGUUUUAUCAGGCCUAUUACAUAUAAAUAUAUGGGACGUUUUACCAGCUUUUAUGAUGUCGCCCAUAUGACAAUAAAAUGUUUAUUUACUAUCAACUACUAUAACAUUCCAUUCAUAAAGCAGUGUUUAUUAUUACUCAUCCUGAUGUAACGCAAAGAAGCUGGAUUCUCGGAAACAAUUAUGAUCCCAUCAAUAUAUCUCUCUAGAAUGACACUGAAUGAAGAGUUAAAAAAUGUUUCAAGAUUGCCAUUUAGAACUUAUUCAUAGAGGUUCACGUUUUUUACAUUUGACCCUAUAAAUCUCAGUAUUUUUAAACAUGGAAAUGGGGGUGAGAAAAUUACCUAAAAAACGUAAAUUUGAUCUCUCAGAACUUGAAGAAAAUAACCAGCCAGCAGCUUGUAUCCCAGUGUCAGUAGUUCAAUGUCCAAGUGUAAUGUCAGCUCCUCAAGCUACUGCUGUGGAUUAUUCUUGUUCUACAAGAACCACAACUCAAGAGGAAGUAAUAUUAACACAAACUUCUUGCAAACAAAAUGCUGUUAUUGAUCUUAGUGAAUGGUGUAAUCAUAGAAUAUUGGCUAAACAAGGAGACUUGUAUUAUCCAGGUGUUAUUAGAGAAGCUAAUGGUUCUAAUAUAAGAGUUGCCUUGGAUGGAAAAGAAGAAACAAUUACAUAUGCCAAUGUUUUUGAUAAUGAAUGCUUUAAUGUGAUAAGUGAUGCAAGUCCUUCAAUUAACCAAAUAACAGUAGGAACUAGAAUCUGUGUACGUCUCAACCAGAGUGUAGAAUUUAUUGAAGGAGUUGUUUGUUCUAUAUUGGAAAGGCAACCAAUUCGUUUUGUGGUUGCUGUUAUUGGCGAAAAAACAGUAGAAUUAACUGUUAAAAGAGCAGACCUAAGAUUACUUCGUCCUCCAUGGUGGGACGAAUUAGAAAAUAUAGAACCCAACAUAGACAAUGUGAUAAUACCCACACUUGAUUACUAUAAUAGAACCAACCAGACAUCUCCAACACAAUUGCACACUCCCAUAUCAGUUUGCACACCGCUAUCCAACGGUAGGCAUUGUGAUGAAUUUUGUGAGAGUGAAGAUGAACUGAGACAAGAUAAUAUAACAUUUAAUUCAGAAGUUGAUGCUAAACUAUCUGGAAGUAGUAAGAGAAGUAGUAUGCAUAGUAGAGGCAGCUCCUCUAGCAGCAUUACUCGAUCACAACCAACUACUCCAAGAAGUCAAGCAACCACGCCUCACAAAUAUAGAAAGGGAGAUGUUGUUUCCAACCCGAAUGGAAUUAGGAAGAAAUUCAAUGGAAAGCAGUGGCGGAGAUUGUGUUCUGUGGAUGAUUGUAAGAAAGAAAGUCAACGUCGGGGAUAUUGUUCCAGACAUUUAAGUUUAAAGGGCAAUAGUCUUCGUAGUGGGCAUUUUCCAAGAUCUAGUAGUAAAGGUGAUGGUGAAGAUACUUCGAGAGAUUCUGAAACCUCUCCCAAUUGUAGUGAUAGACGAAUGACUGGUCGAUUUGAUCAGGAGGAGACUGAAGCUGCUAAUAUGUUGGUUUCAUUGGGCAGUUCAAGAUCAGCAACACCUGCUUUUUCACCAAAUGGACAGGGUUCGUCACCUCAUACUAUGCAAUCACCAAUAACAGUGGGAUCUAGACAAAAUGUUUUUAUGCCAAUAUCAAGUAGUCAUACAAUUGGAAUGCAAAAGAGAACAUCCCCAGGAGUUCAAGGAUACAACACUACAUAUCAGCAAGUUAUAAGGCCAGAAGCUCGACCAGUACAAAAUGUUACCAGUGUUAUUAGGAUAUCACCAAAUCCGAGGCAGUGGUCAAAUAGCCUACCAGAACAGCCUAGCGUUAUAUUACAGCAUGCUUUGACUAGUCCUCCUAUUCAGCAUACAGAACCAGAAACCAAUUCACUAUCUCAAGGAGCUCUUUAUUGCGUCGUUCCUCCAACACAUGAAAAGAGUAUUAUGAUUGUGAAAAAUGAGGUAGAGAAUAAUGACCCUAAGGAACCUAAAUCAUUUCCUAGACAAGUAAUUCAAAGCGAUCAUAUACAUCCAACACAAUUAAUACGUGUCACUCCAAAUAAUAACAAUACUAGUAACGUUAAUAACGUUAAUAAUAUACAUUCACAUUCCAACGGCCCCGGAUUGAUUCAGCCAACUUCUAUUAGUAGUGGACUGCCUGUUAUUGUUAACCCGACACAAUUGGUACCAGUGCUACCAUCUACGUCGCAAUCUGUACUGAAAAGAGUUAUUCCCACUGCCACGGUUCAACAAAAUUCAUCACCAGUGAUUGUUAAAACUGAACAAAUGUCCCCAAGUACAUCAAACCAUCUAAAAGACUCAUUAGUUUUACAUAGUCCUAUUCAAGUUCAAAGUCAUCAACGAGUUGCAACAGUUUCUCAUAUUCCAGCAUCUCAGAUAAGCCAACCUAAUAGAUCUGUUAAUGCUACUCAACAUGUGAAAGUUCAAACUAGCACCGCAACAACUCAAUCCGCAUUUGUGAUACCAUGGCAUUCAAUAGUACCACUGUUAACAACUUCUUCAGGACCUAUUUCUCCACCUCUUUCUCAAUUAUCACCUCCCUUAUCUGCACCUCCCAGUACAAAUAGUGGACCAAUAAUAAAUACCCAUGAUGACGAGGGAGAUGCAGAACCAAUGCCAACACCAACAGAAGAAGAUGAUGAUGUUUUUGAAAGUGAACCCAGUGAUGUAAAUGUUGAUGGUAAUAUUAAUAGCAAAAGAAGAAGUCAGUCUUUAAGUUCACUACAAAGUAAUCCCAAAGAAUUAAAUAAGAAUAAAGAACGUAUUAGAAGGCCAAUGAAUGCAUUCAUGAUAUUUUCAAAACGACAUAGAGGUCUUGUACAUCAACGGCAUCCAAACCAAGACAAUCGAACAGUUUCUAAAAUUUUAGGUGAAUGGUGGUAUGCAUUAGGUCCUAAUGAAAAGAAACAGUAUCAUGAAUUAGCUUCUGAAGUGAAAGAAGCUCAUUUCAAGGCUCAUCCUGAAUGGAAAUGGUGCAAUAAGGAUAGGAGAAAAUCAUCUACGGGUUCUGGAAGAAGUAAAUUGAGUUCUGCCGGAGAUAGUGGGGAGCCAAGUGAUUUACCAAUUAGUCCAAAAGUACCAUCCCCUUCUCACAAUACAGAACCUUCAAAAUUGUUGCAAGAGCAGGAAGGUGUAGGAGAUAUUUCUGAUGAUGAUCAGAUGGUAAUAUGCGAAGACCCAAGCACUGAAAUUGAUCUUAAGUGUAAAGAAAAAGUUACCGACUCUGAUUCGGAAUCUCAAAGUGACAUGGAUUCUUCUAUAGAAAAUCGCGUAUUCCAGCGAUUUAGCCCUGUUAAUAAUUCUAGUUGUUCAGAAGUUACGUGUCGUCCAAAACCAAUAAAAGCAAGAUUACCAUCUAUUGAAGUACCAAAAUAUAAUUUGGCUUCAACUUCUACAGCUUUCCAUUACUCUCCUGUCAAUCCAUCAGGAAUCUCCGGAUUUCAGCCUACUGGAGGAGCCUUCAAAACCAUGCCAGCUUCUCCGAAAGUAUUUAAAAAUGAAGUUAAAAAUGAAAAUACGGAAAAUAAUGAGAACUGGUCAGGUACAUUGAUCAAUAAAGCAAAUGAUGUAUCACAACGCUCUAAUUCAUCUAACAUACAAACGAGCACAAUCAUGAGCAAAACUAACUCUACAUUAGCUAUACUAAAGCCACAAAUUAAACCAAAUAUUAUGCAAUUAAAUGAUGGUAUUAGCCAGAAUUACCAAACACAACCUCUAACAGUUGUAAUUGGCGGACAACCAACUAUAUGUUUAUCAAAUGAAAAUGAACGAUCACAACCUUUUGUUGUUGUAGCUUCUACAGCAUCAGAAAUUCCUGUUCAACUGUACAUGCAACCUUCCCCCUUCAGCAUUCCUGUCUCUGAUUCAAAUGGUCGAAGCUUGUCUCUACAAGGUUUACAGUUACUGAAACCAAAUCAUGCGCAAUCUGUCAUUGUAACCCAAGCUCAUAACAAAGUUUGUGUUUCUUCUCAAGCGGAGUAUCAAGCUACACAGAAUACAGUUCUUACAUCUUCUAAAUCUUAUUUCAAUAAUACUGGUGCUGUUCUACAUAUUCCUGAGACUAAUGAUAAUAAUAUAAAGGAAGAUAUAAAAUCACCCACAUUAGAAAUGAUUCCACCUGUUUCUGAAUCAUUAUUAGAUAAACCGAACCAGGAAUUUAAACUUGCUCCUACACCUGCUCAGCUUGGUAAAGCCCCUCUACAAAGAAGACAAUCCAUGGCUGCUUUUGUAAGUACAAAUUCACAAGGAAAUCAAGAAAAUGUAUCAGGCUCUUCAAAUUCUUCUGUAAUCGAAGAUAGUAGCCAAGCAGACAUUAUGUCUCCUUCAACAAAGAAGAGCUUUUUUAAAAGAUCUGUUGAAGAUGGCAUGGAUAGUGUAUUUUUCAGAGUCCUGGAGCAAGUAAAUUUUGAGAAAAAAUUUACUGCCUUACCUCAGUUCAAACCUGAAGAUGGUCAGUCGCCAAGCGCCUUCUCUAUAUCCAGUCCAGGACUUUUCUAUAAUAAAAAAAGACCUCCACUAACUGCCACUCAUCGUACCUCCCUAGAGGAAGAUUCAGAAGUUGAAACGCCACAAAAUGUUCCAAAAUCGGCAUCUACGAAGCCUAUUGUUGGAAACCAAUUUUUUGGGCCAGAUUUUGAUAAUGUAAAAGCCGAAUUGAAUGAAGUCGAAGAAGGUACUUCUCCUCGAACGCCAAGAACACCAGGAACAUCUCGGGAGACUGAAAAAGGUCACAGAAAAACAUUAGAACAACGCCGUCAGUUAGUGAUGCAAUUGUUUCAGGAACAUUCUCUUUUUCCUUCUUCUCAAGCGACUUCAACAUUUCAAGCCCAGCAUUCAGACGUUUUCCCUAACAAAGCGAGUUUGCAAUUAAAGAUUCGUGAAGUGCGUCAAAAAAUGAUGGCACAAAACUCCCUUACACCUUCUAGUGCAAAUAGUCCUUUAACCCCCGCUGAACCUGUUAGAGUAUCUUCAAACAGUUAGCUAGUAGUGUGCAAUAGAGUGUCUUCCUUUUCAUAUGUAAUUGUCAAAUUGACUGAUAGUAGCACAUAAGCGUUAUAAAGUAUUUAUCGAUUUGACACAAAGUGUGGUGUAGAUAUCAUAAUUUAGGUUUGUGGCAUUUAAAAUUGUCGUUAUAUCCUUUGGGUACCUUAAAUUGUAUCUACAAUAUGAUUUAUUUUGUGAAAUUUGUUUUCUUUAUUUUGGAGGUGCAUGACCUGUCAGAAGACCGACCACCAGUUUGAUGUCGUUUCUGGUCAUCAUGAGAAGUUCUUCAGAUUUCUUAGUUGAUAUGGUUAUUAAUAUUUUGGAUUAUCUUGGGGAAUGCUUCUCCACUAAGACUCCAUCGGAUUCUUUAACCAUCUGUUCAGUUUGUUAUUGAUGUGGCAUCUCAUAAUGCCACAGUAGAGCUCUGGUCCUAGGUAUUGGGUCGUUGCCCCUUUUUGUGACAACACUGUCAAUACCUGCUAUACUCUACUCUGUUUUUGUUAGCUAGUGCCUUUAGUAUUUGUUUACACUCCGACACUAAUUUGUGAGAAUGUGAAUGUACUUUUUAGAGAGAUUUCUAUAACACUUCUGAGCACAUUGGUGGUUUUUCUUGAUAUUUUCUCCUUUCCCAUUAUCCAAUGUCCCACCUUUUAGUGUCGCUUAUUUUUUUGCUUUUUCCAUAUUUUCAUAAAAAAACCGAGAAUAGCAGUGGGCUAAAUAUACAUCCAUGUCUUACUGAUCGCGUUGUCUUGAACGUUUUGAUAUUUCGUAUCUUGUUCUUAUAGCAUUUGUUCUAUUCUCAUGUAGUCCUUUGAUUCCAUUUAUCAUUGUUUCAUCUAUUUGUCUAUAUUUUAGGAUCCUCCAUAUGUCGUUCUUGUCUAUUUUAUAGAAAACCUUUUCUAAAUCUAUGAAACAAAGGUGCGUCUUUCCUGAUUCUAGUUUUUCCCGAUAUUUUUCUUGUUAUAAAGUUCACUUCAGGGUGAAUCAAAAUAGUAAUACAUUGUUUUCUUGGUUUUUCAAAAUGAAUCACUUUGUAUUUUAUGUGAGUAUGGAAAAGUACUACCAAUAUACUUCUUUUUUUAUCGAGCUUUCCCUAUACCUAAAUUGAUUAGUCCUCGAGAUAUUUAGAUUUUUGUAUACAAAACAAUGAUUAUGUACCUAUUUCUAAUCAUUUAACAAUUAUUCAUCAGUUGGCUAUGAUUUAUUUGUCAAAAACUGAUAAAUAUCAGACAGUGACAUAACAUGUUUUUUGAUUUAGCUGUUUGUUACAUUUGAAUUUGAACUAAGGCAAAAGUAAUUUCACUAGUGUUGAAAUGAUUGAUAUGAUCUAAAUAUUGGAAGAAUACAAUAAAAAACGUCCUUACUAUCCACAAGAGUAUACGAUGAACGUUUUUCUGAAAGGCGACAACUUACAAAAUCAAGCUUGGAGAUAUUGUUGGAGCGGUUCAAACAUGGGCUCAGUUAGUUAUGAAAAGCAUGAACGAUUAAAAAAACCUUCUGGAAUUUUUUUAUAGAAAGGCUUCGUAAUGUGAGUAACUCUUUCAAUAAUCACUUUAAACAUACAUAGAUGUCUUUGGAGGUCAUUUCAAGUAGACUCUCGCUAAUCCGCCAGAUAUCAGACCAGGGUAGUGCCGGAUUACUGAGAUAAUAUACAAAAAUUACAAAAUUGAAAAAACAAUAAUAUGUAAUGAUAAACCAUAAUAAUAAAGUACAGUUUUGCAAUUCCAAUUAUAGUUUGAAUUAAAAAAAAUAACUGAAGUAAUCUUCUAACACUUGUGUAAGGGUUAUGAGUUGAAAGAGGUUUUUAAUACAACUUUGUAUUUUUAACACUUACAGUAAUGGUUGUCUAUUCUAUUGGGGUGAAAAAACUGGAAAUUUUCUUUUGUUUCUUCGCUUGAAAAGAGGUCAGCAUUAUGUUUACACUUAGUCGGGAGUUAGUCCUAAUUCCUCAAUAACGUGAUUAGAAAUAGGUACACAAUCAUUGUUUUGCACAGAAAAAUAAUUUUAGGUAUAGGGAAUGGUUGACGUUCAUGUUAUAAUUUUGCUGAUAGUAAGGCGUUGUUAUUGCAUUUUUCCAAUAUCCUGAUCAUAUCAGUCAUAGUCAACUCACAAUUCAUUGAUUAGAUAUAGGUACAUAAUCAUUGUUUAUGAUUGAAUAAUUUACCAGAAUUUUUACUAAAAUUUGAAUGCUACGGCCGCAACAGAUUAUCAUUCUUGAAUUUCUUCUACAUUGUACAGGGUAUUGAACUUAUUACAAUGUUCUAGAUACUAAAGGGUUUCCAUUGCUCUAUUUGUGCAAUUUAUUAUUUUUUACAGGUUUUGCUAGAGCUAUUCAAAUUAUAUUAGAUUGGUACAAAUGCAUUUACAUUUGGUUCCGAGAAAAAACUAAUUUACUUUUACCCCGUAGUGUUUUAGAUUACCCCUCAAAGUAUCACGACACCAAAACUCACAAUUACAUUGUCUGACGCGCGUUUAGAUUACCAAGUUAUCAUCUUCAGAUAUUGAAGGUAAAUAGUUCACCUUCACCGUCUCUGAAGACGAUAAGUACAUUUCAUAUGCUUUCAGUGACCAAUUCUAAACAUCUUGACAUCUGACUGAAGGUUCACUGGUUCAGUCUCUAAAGACGAUAACUUGGUUAUCGAGAUGUUCGUCAGACAGUGUAAUUAUGAGUGUUAAUGUAGUGGUAGUGUAAACAGUGUGUUUAAUUUGAAUAUCACCAAGGGUUCCAGAAAUGUGAACUUGGUACCGAAACCAAGUUAGAAAAAUCUGUAAAAACAAUGAAUUUUGCAUCGUAUUGAGGAUGUUCACAAUAUCAGCAACAGAUGGCUGAAAUUCUGGGUCCAGGUUCUAAUACAUAUGUAUCUCAAAAAUAACAUUUUCAUUGGAGGAGAAAUUUUAUCUGUUCUCGAUACACCAAUUACAGCCAGUUUCAUAAUCCCAUCCUAACUGGCACUUUAGCUAAAGGCUCCUUUAGAUUAAAGGUCCCUUUAACUUAGUUGUUAGAGUGAAGUGGUUCCAUAACCGAUUUGUAACGGUCUCUCAUGUAAAGGCUCCUUUAAGAAACAAAAGAAACGUUAGAGAAGAAACAAAAUGAAAAUUAAAAGUGUGAGUCAUUUGGAUAUACGUCGGGCUCAAUCGUACCACUAUCGACUUGCAGAAGAUUUUGGAACCCCUGCAAAAUCUCUUAAUUGUUAUAAACAUGCUCCCCGUAUCUAAAAAUCGCAGUAGAAGUUGUGUGACAAGUUAAAACACCCAGCUCUUAUUUUUAGUGCAAUAAGAUAACUUUUUUUUUAAUUGUGUGAUCCAUAUUUUGGUGUUUUACCUAUUUGUAGGUAGUAUUCGAUUCAAUAAUGCCGUAAAUGUGGACUUACUUCGAAAUCGUUCGAAAAAAUCCAAGUCGUCGUAUGUUUCCAAAUAGUUUUUUCUAUGUCGUAUUUUUCAUCGUCUUCGGACAAUAAUAUUUUUCUCUUUGGAUGAGCUGGAGCUCGAACCUUAUGUAGCAUAAUUUUUAGACGUUGUGCCAUAAACCUUUUAUUUUUUUGAACUUAUUAAAAAGACGCCUGGUUCAGCUUAGAAUUCAAACAUAAGUUAUGUUAGAAUUUGACGUUUGCCGAUAAAGGAGACUUAAAUUACCUAAAUUGAAACGUUUCCGACUUCAAAUUAAAAGAAUAUAGCAAAAUAGCAAUUACGAAACGUGCGAUUUGAUUUAACAGUUUUAAAAAUUGCAAAAAUUCAUAUCCAGUAUAUUUGAGGUACCUAAGUAUGAAGGCAAAAAAUAAAGUCCAUAAAUCUUUUUUUAGACGAAUUAGAAUUUUAAGAUAGUCUUAUUUCCUAAAUUCGAUAUUUAUGUACAGUUGUUGUAUUUUUUUGAAACUUCAAAAUUUUUAAUUUAGAACAUUUUAUUUAAAAUAUAUUUUGGUAAUUUUUUCAUAAUUACUUACAUGAUGCAACCACUGCAAUUCGUAAAUAUUCGAAUUUUUGAUCUCAAAAUUUAGUUCUCCGUCUAAUGUAUAGAAAUGUUAAGCGGAAUAUAAUGAUGAUAUAUUUCAUAAUGAGGAACUUGAACCAAAAAAUUAACCAAUUGACAAACAAUGAUAUUCAAUGAAUUUUAUAUUGUCUAUCUUAUCUUCUUAAUCGUUACGCUUCCAAUAAAAACCAAGCACUCUCAUUUUUCUUAAAGGAUUUAACAUGGCAAUAUAACUAGUGAAAUUAUCCAACAAUGCUGUUAAUUAUAUUCGGAAGAGAAUUCUAAAUAGAAGGCUCUAAUGAAACGUUCGCUUGAUUGUAAUAAUCGUAGAAUUUUGGUGAAUUAAACACAUGAUUGCUACUUACCUAAAAAUUGGUUGACUUUUUGAAGUUGUACAAGUUCCUAAAGUGAUUAUUUUCUAUUGUUGUUUCAUAGUGCAAUAUUUAUUUAUAUGAGAUAAGUGCUAUGAAUAUUGUUUUGUUAAUUUAUCUCAGUGAAAUUGAUGUUUUAAAUGGAUAAGAAUGUGAUUAUAACAAAUAAUGUUUUUUACAACGUUUCGAACUUAAUUCAAAUCCUCAAACAGAAAAUACCAAAUUCGAUAGUGUAAUUGCCAAAAAUAUUAGAAUAAUUAAAUCUGCCUGGUCACUUGAAAAUAUAAUUGAGUGCAAAAUGUCUAUAUGAGCUUUGUAGCUUAGUAAAUUUUGGAAGUAUUUCGUUUAAAAUUUAUUGAGAUGAUUGCAAACUAAAAUUAAAAUGUAUAUGUUGUUCGCACUUCGUUUAGUGUAUAAAAGUCUCACAAAACCCCGCUUAUAUAUCAAUUUGAUCACACAAUGUUUUGCAAAUAUGUAAUUAUCUAUCUGUGAUAACCAGAUAAUCUAUGAAUAAUUGCAAUGGUAUUUAGAAAAUCGCAUGGCCUAUAUACUUGGAAAUGAAAUUUUUUGGCCUAAAAAUAGAGCUUUCAAAUAUUUUUAGUCCUUAUGAUCAAGUUACUGGAAAGUCUCGUUCGACUCGAAACAACUAAUCUAACGUUGAUCAUCCGUUAAUUACUGGACACUGGCCCAGAUUAAAUACUACAGAUAUCUCAGUGUGGCGGAGAAACGAAAUUAUGAGAAAAAUGCAAAAGGUAACUGAUUUAAAAGGACGGCAGAGUAAAGCGAACACACAUGAUUAUAGAUUGAAAACAUAUGUGCAAUUAAAUUUUGCAGCCGGAUAGUGAGGCCAUCCUGAAAUUAGAUGCUAAAUUUCGAAGAUACAAAGGUAAGGAAGAAACUCCGAUCUACUUAUUACUCAACUGCGCGCGUCUCCGGGGUAUUCGACUGGAUAUCUUAGAAAGGAGCGCUGGUAAACACGUCGAAAUUAAGGAGACAUAUGCGUGGGCUUCUUCUCUUGGAAUACAAAGUAUAACUAAUGUAAUGUUAUGUUAUCUGAAGGACAUAGAAGGUAGAUUUCAGAAUCAGAUUACAACUCAUUUAUUGUAUCAAUUGGACACUAGACGGCGUUAUAAAGAUCUCAGUUCUACUUUGGAUUUUCCCUGGGAAAUUUUUAUAU